CCGAGACCGAGACCGAGACCGAGACCGAGACCGAGACCGAGACCGAGAUCGCCUCGGAGGGGCCCCUCUCGUCUCCGGGAAGCCCGGCGGAGACCGCCCGGUGCCGGGGAUGAAGCGCAGACGCAGAGGCGGAGCGGCCCAGCAGCCCGAGGCCUGCGAUGUCUGGCUGGACACCGCUCAGCUGAAGCAGAGCCCGGCGCAGCCUCUCAUAGCUAAGCCAAAGGUACCCAGUCAAGUUCUGGAAUGGAGGCAGGCCUCAGGCCUUUUCACACAGCCCAGAGCAUCUCAGCCUCGCACCAAGCAAACCACAAUCUCUGCUUUCUUCAGCAUGCAGCCAGAUGAGAAAGACAAAGAAAACUCCAAACCACCUCCUGUCAUCCUGAAUAAAGACUGUAAAGGAAAAGGUGUUAGUUUGGAUGCCUCCCCUGUGAAGAUCUUGGCUCUGCCACAGGGGGAAGCCCAGAAAGGAUCUGUGGGAGCUGAGGAGCAGGUUCCAGCCCAGCGCUGUGCACGGAGAGCACCAAGAGCUCCUUUGGGAGCAGAGUCCCAGGAGAGGAAUUCAGCCUCCUGCAGGAUGGGAGAGGAUUCCUGCUCCUUCAGCUUCACCCAGGACUCGGCAGGACACCGCGUCAUCGCUCACAGAUCAGCAAGAAACCAGGAGGAGAAACCACACCCAUGGAGUGGUGUUAAUUCUUUAAUUGAUUUCGCUGCCCCUGAGGAUAUAAAUCCUGCUGCUGUCAGCAGAGACCUCCCCUGGCCUCCUGGCUUUUCCUCCUCUCCUCAAGGACCAACUGGAGCAGAGCCCCUGAGGGAGCACAACUGGAAGGCUGCCUCAGGCGGGCAGGGCUGCGGCAGCCCCUGCAGGCAGCUCUUCACCCAGGACUCGGAGGGCAACAGAGUGAUUGCCCACCCCUGCCACAGCCUUCCCUCUCCUGGCAAGGCCUGGAGCAGCUCCAGCCAGCAGCCACCUCGCUCUCACACCCUGGGCUGCUCCAGGAGCUUGGGCAAAGCAGGGGAGCAGGAGGCAGAGGUGGGCUACGAGUUCCUGUUCACCCAGGAUUCGGAGGGAAACAGAGUGAUUAAACACUGGUGAGGGCCCUGAAUGGGGCACCUGAGCACCUCUUGUGAAACCUCAGGAAAGCUUUUUUGGAACUAAAAGCCAUCAGAAUUAGGUAAGUGGACCUGUUGUGACUGUGUGUGUGGUC